UUUUACAAAACCCAACAUCUCGCGAGACUGUGCAGUAGCUGUAUCCCCUCUAGCCAGAACCCUACAGGACGCAGACGGAUACAUUUGCCUAGACUAGGAAACUGAUUACUUGAGGGAAAACGAAACUUAGUUGUUGUUGGUUUGUUUCAUGUUCAUGUUUCUUUGUCUUUGUGUAUAUGCAGUAAAAUGGCAGAAGCCAGUUUUUUAUGGGCUCAGGAUCAGUUCAGCUGUUCAAUCUGUUUGGAUCUAUUGAAGGAUCCAGUGACUGUACCAUGUGGACAUAGUUAUUGUAUGAGCUGUAUAACAGAUUACUGGGAUCAGGAUGAGGAUGAUGAUAAUGAGGAAGAGGGAGUCUACAGCUGCCCUCAGUGCAGACGGGCCUUCACACCAAGACCUGUUUUAGGUAAAAAUGUAGUGUUUGCUGAAAUGAUAGAGAAACUGAUUAAACUUAAGACUCCUCACCGUGCUCCAUGUUAUGCUGGUCCUGGAGAUGUGGAGUGUGACAUCUGUAGUACUGAAAGAAAACACAAAGCUGUGAAGUCAUGUCUGGAGUGUCUUGAAUCUUACUGUCAAUCUCACUUUGAACGCCAUGAAGAAUUUCGCUCAGGUAAACGACACAAAGUGAUUGAUGCCACUGGAAGUUUGCAGGAGAUGAUCUGCCCUCAGCAUCAUAAGCUUCUGGAGAUUUUCUGUCGUACUGACAAGCAGUGUAUUUGUAUGAUGUGUACGGUGUAUGAACAUAAAAAUCAUGAUACUGUAUCAGCCGAAGCAAGGAGGACAGAGAUAGAGAAAAACUUGAUGAAGACGCAGAAAAAACUCAAGAAGAGCAUUGAGCAGAAGCAGAAAGAUCUUCAGGAGCUGAAAGAGGCUGUGAGGUGUUAUAAGCGCUCUGCACAGACAGCAGUGGAGGACUGUGAGAUCAUGUUUACUGAGCUGAUCUCAUCCAUUGAGAAAAGUCGCUCUGAAGUGACACAACUGAUCAGAGAUCAGGAAAAGACUUCAGUGAUUCCAGCAGAGGAACAACUGGAGAGAAUGAAGCAGGAUAUUGAUGAUCUGAGGAGGAGAGAUGCCGAGCUGGAGCAACUUUCGCACACACAUGAUCACAUCCAUUUCCUCAAGGUUUUUCAAGGUAUCUCUGCACCACCUGAAUCUACAGUCAUCUUCCCAGUCAGUCCUGUCUGCUCUUUUAAUGGCAUUAUUAAAUCUGUCUCUAAGCUGAAAGAGAGACUGGAGACUCUUUGCAACCAGGAGGUUGAAAGGAUUUUUGCUGGAGGCAGAGACGCUUACAGUUCACAUCCCAGUCUGCUCACAAACUCGUGCAUAGCAACACAGGCUAGAGUCUUAGAGACUGAAGAGGUCAUUCCAGUCUUGGAGGUUGUUCCAGUUUUGGAAACUGAGGAGGUCACUCAAGCCUGGGAGAAUGAGGAGGUUGUUUCAUUCUGGGAGACUGAAGAGGUCACUCCAGUCUUGGAGACAGAAGAGACUGUUCCAAUCUUGGAGACUGAUGAGACUGUUCCAAUCUUGGAGACUGAAGAGGCUGUUCCAGACUUUGAGACUGAGGAGGUUAUUCCAAUCUUGGAGACUGAGGAGGUCAUUCAAGCCUGGGAGACUCAGGAGGUUGUUCCAGGCUUGGAGACUGAGAGGAUUUUUUCAUUCUGGGAGACUGAGGAGGAUGUUCCAGUCUUGGAGACUGAGGAGGUCAUUCAAGCCUGGGAGACUCAGGAGGUUGUUCCAGGCUUGGAGACUGAAAGGAUUGUUUCAUUCUGGGAGACUGAGGAGGCUGUUCCAGUUUUCGAAACUGAUAAGGUCCUUCAAGCCUGGGAGACUGAGGAGACGGAUCAAGUCUUGGAGACUGAGGAGGAUGUUCCAGUCUUGGAGACUGAGGAGGUUGUUUCAUUCUGGGAGACUGAGGAGGCUGUUCCAGUCUUGGCGACUGAGGAGGUCAUUCAAGCCUGGGAGACUCAGGAGGGCGUUCCAGACUUUGAGACUGAGGAGGUUGUUUCAUUCUGGGAGACUGAUGAAGUUGAUCCAGUCUUGGAGACUGAAGAUGUUUUUCAGGCCUGUGAUACUGAGGAGCCCAGUGCAAUCUUGGAGUCUGAGGAGGAAUGUUUAUUCCGGGAGAUUGAGGAUGAAGAGGUUGGUUCAUUUUGGGAGAAUGAGGAUGAAGAGGUUGGUUCAUUCUGGUAGACUAACGAUAAAGAGGUUGAUUAAUUCUGGGAGACUGAUGAGGUUGUUCCCCCUGCCUGUCUUUAGUUCCACUUCUGUUUAGUUCCACUUCUGUUUAAUGCCCUUGUGUCUGUUAUCUUGUGUUGGUUCAUUCUUGCUGUCUGAUGCUGUGUCUUGUGUUUUCCAUGGCCAGCUAAGUCUAGUUUUUCUUGUUUUUUUUUCUGCUUUGUUUUUAAAUAAAAAAACAGCAAUCUUUAAUACAAUAAUUGAAUUCAAUACAUAAAUAAUACAUCAUUCUUCAUUCUAAUUAAAAAAAAAAUCUUAACCCCCCUGUGUAUGACCCAUUUGUUCUAGAAUAGGAGUGAAUGUGAUCCUAGUGCAGGAACUCUGAACCCUUAGCAACUCUGAAGCAAUGACCCUCAUCCACGAGGUCCAAGCCACAUUUAUAUUCAGCCUCUUUGUCUAAGGUUUGAAUCUGUAUCUGCCAUGUGCUUGAGCAGAAGUGUUAAAGAGCACCUAUUUUAUUGCUAAAAACAAUGCUAUUUUGUGUAUUUGGUAUAAUACAGUGUGUUCGCGUGGUUUAUGAUU